AUGGAAGGUGUGUUGGACUUUGACACGAUCGACGUGGAACUAGAUGAAGACCUUCUAAAGAAACAGAGUAGGAGAUGUAGAGAUGAGUUCUUGAACUCACUGUCUCUUGACGAUGAAGAUGAAGACUUCAUUAUCCCAUUAUUCGAGAAUGUUGAAGAUGAUGAAGCACCCGUGGAAGAAGAACCUUUGGAUGACGAACAGGAGGAGGAAGAAAAUGUAGAUGAAGUUGUGGAUGAAGAGGAAAAUGAUAGUGAAGCUCAGUUUAAAUAUUCCACACAUGAUCCAAAUGUGAAAUGGAAUAGAAUGAAACCUCAAGAGGGAGAAAGAUAUGGACUACAUUACACAACAAAUUACAGAGUUGAGGAAAUCAGUUACACUGAUGUAGACAUUAUGAGAUGCCUUGGAAUUACAAAAGCUCAUUUAGAAGAGUUUGGAUAUGUGGCUGCCAAUGUUGAAGGUGGACUAGAAGGAGAUGGACAGGGUAAUGAAGAAGAAGGAGGACAUGGACAAGGAGAUGGAGUGGAAGGAGGUGGAGAUGGACAAGAAGAAGAAGGAGAUGGAGAAAAAGAAGAUGGAGAAGGAGAUGAAGGAGAUGGACAAGAAGAAGAUGAAGAAGGUGUUCCAGUGAAUGAUCCAGUACAACAAGGGCAUUUUGGGAAUAAUAUGAAACAAAGAACAAGGAGACCCUCAGAGAGGAUCAUUCUUCAGAAGCUGAAAAAGAAGGUGGUUGACCCUCUUGGUAUAGGAAUGUGUGAAGAUAAGGCAUUAGUUAUAGAUUAGUGAUAGGGGUUAUCAUAUUUUGUAAAAGGUGGUACUAUGUAAACUGAUGCAUACCAUCUUUUGGUUCAUAUUUUGCAUACCACUUUGUGGUUCAUAUUUUGUAAAUGGUGGUACAUAUCCACUUAUAUUGAUUCAUAUUUUGUAAACAAUUACUGGUAAUUAAGCAAGGGCAUUAACCAAUGGUCACAAUUGAGCAAUGUCAUAUUUUAUUUCAAGUUUGGUUGUGCAGGUUAGCCUUGGUUAUCGACAGUUUUAUUAUUCAUAUGUGGUUCAUAGUUGUGGUACUUUGAUUUCACCAUAAUUCAAUACAACAUAAGUAAAAUGUUCA